CAGUGGGUUCUUUUAUUUUUUUUUCUCUACCAAAAACCUCAGAUUUUGCUGCUGAUUUUUGUUUUCUGGGCAUGGGUAUGAGUAAUAAUGUGGGGCAGUUUGGAGAUACGACACUAACCAAAGUAUUCGUGGGAGGUUUAGCUUGGGAAACUCCUCAAGAAGCCAUGAGACAGCAUUUCCAGAAAUACGGUGAGAUCCUCGAAGCUGUCAUUAUUUCCGAUAAACUCACCGGCCGAUCCAAAGGUUAUGGAUUCGUUACAUUUAAGGAUGCUGAAGCUGCAAACAAAGCCUGCGAGGACCCCACUCCCAUCAUUAACGGCCGCCGUGCCAACUGUAACAUCGCCUCCCUCGGUGCUCAUCGCCCGAGGUCUGCCUCCUCCGCUCCUCCACCGCAACAAGGAUCCAAGGUUGGACGGAGAGCCACGUCAGUUGCAGCAGCUAAUCAUGUGCAAUUGUAUUAUCCAGCCGGAACAUCAGCUCCGGCGUUUCAUCAGGCCAUUCCUCUCUACGGCUACUCUCCUGCAUACAUGAAUGGACAUUUCGGUCAAGCACGUCCAGCAGCAGGGCGGCCUAUUUUAGGUGCCAGCACAUUGAUGCCGAUGUACCCUUAUUAUCACUACCAUCAAUCACCCGCAUCGGGAUUUCCAUCAGUCUUCCACCCAUCACCAAUUAUUCCUAAUUCAGGUAACAUCCAUUUGAUCCUUCAUGAUGGUGACUAACAUGA